UUAGUUCAGUGUCCAGUACGAGGGAAUCGGGGCACAAUUCUGUUCACUCUGCAUCAAACUGGAAAACCUUCCAUGCAUGCUUCUCCUAUUCCUACUCCAAUGGACCGCAUAGACGUCUUCUGGCACGAGGGGAUGCUCAACCAUGACAGCGGCAGCGGCGUAUUCGACUCCGGAUUGGACCCGGGCUUUCUUGACGUCCUGGAGAAGCACCCAGAGAACGCAGACAGGGUCAGGAACAUGCUCUCCAUCCUCAAACGAGGCCCCAUCUCUCCCUACAUCUCUUGGCACUUCGGCAGACCUGCUCGCAUCCCUGAUUUGCUCUCCUUCCACACUCAGGAAUACAUAAAUGAGCUAAUCGAAGCUGAUAGAAAUGGAGGGAAGAUGCUUUGUGCUGGAACUUUCUUGAACCCUGGAUCAUGGGAUGCUGCGCUGCUUGCUGCUGGUACUACACUGUCGGCGAUGAAGCAUAUACUUGAUGGGCAUGGGAAAAUUGCUUAUGCAUUGGUUAGGCCUCCAGGUCACCAUGCUCAGCCUACUCAGGCUGAUGGGUACUGCUUCCUUAACAAUGCGGGUCUUGCUGUUCAAUUGGCUUUAGAUUCUGGGUUUCAAAAAGUUGCAGUUAUUGACAUUGAUGUUCAUUACGGCAAUGGAACAGCAGAGGGGUUUUACAAGUCAAAUAAUGUUCUUACCAUCUCCCUUCACAUGAAUCAUGGGUCAUGGGGUCCUUCUCAUCCACAGAAUGGAUCUGUUGAUGAGAUUGGUGAAGGACAAGGGUUUGGUUAUAAUAUGAAUAUACCUCUACCGAAUGGAACUGGUGACAUAGGAUAUGCAUAUGCCAUGACCGAGUUGGUCAUUCCAGCUGUUCAAAAGUUUGAGGCUGAUAUGAUGGUUUUGAUUGUUGGCCAAGAUUCAAGUGCUUUUGAUCCAAAUGGAAGGCAAUGCUUGACAAUGGAGGGUUAUCGAGAGAUUGGGCGGAUGGUUCAUAGCUUGGCGGCUAGGCAAAGUGGCGGCCGCCUUCUUAUUGUCCAAGAAGGCGGAUAUCAUGUUACAUAUUCAGCUUAUUGUCUCCAUGCCACACUUGAAGGAGUGCUCAACCUACCACUUCCUCUGCUAUCUGAUCCCAUAGCUUAUUAUCCAGAGGAUGAGGCCUUUGCUGUAAAAGUAAUUGAAUCCAUUAAGCAGUACCAAAACGGCACUUUCCCAUUUCUAAAAGGAGCUUAAUUUGGAGAAACCAGCAAUUCUUUUGGUUUUGUUUAGGCAUUAUAAGGCGGCGUCACAAUCAAGCUGGUGAGUUGCCGACGAGUUGAAGAUGGCUACUUUUCACGAGAUGGGCCUUCUCAAGGCUUCAUGUGGUUACCAAAUGGACAAAAGCAAAUGACAUCCUGGCGCACAUGCUUCUGUCGAUGAUUGACAAAUGUGACAGUGAGAGGCUGACAGCCGUUCAAACCGACAGCGCGGAUUCUUAAUAAGGCUUCAUAGCAAUGUGAGUUUCUUUUUUUGUCGGUUGGUCAAUAUGGACAUCUACUUCUUUAUUCUCAUAAGAUAAGAGUGUAAAACACAUUACUAAAUGUGUGAUUAUGGGAUCAUGGCAUAAAAUUUUCUUU